UAGAAGAAAAAACGCGUCGUGUUGCACUUAAUUGUGAUUUUUUUAAACUAAGAAAAAAAGUGUCAAAACUUAUUAAAAAUAAGUAAAAAGUUUAAGAAUUAUUAAUAUACAUAUUAAAGUUUCAUCAGUUAACAAAAUUUUUAACAUAAUCUAUUUAAUAUAUUGGAAAAAUUGUAUUUAAAAAUCACAACGAAAGUGGGACAAUCAACUACACACAAUGUAGACGAUGUUAAAAAAUGAAGGAAAACAUGAAAUAAGAAAAAAAACGGGUAGUAGUAGAAGGAAAGAAAAAAAGAAGUCAUAAAUUUGCCUCAAGAAACGUGUGUUUGUGUAAAAUAUUAAAAAAAAACUACAAUAAACAGAAAAGUUAAUAAAAUAAUCAUUGAUCUGAAAGAAAAAAAAACAAAUAAAAUUGUUUUAAAUAAUUGUUAAACAAUAAUAAAAUUAUAACAUAAAAGCUAAUCUCCCCUUAUUUAGCCGCGUUUGCUUGUUUGUGCGCUCUCGUGUAUUUUUUUUAUAACAUACGGUCGUUGUGUUUCGUCGUUUUCAACAUCGUCAAUUUUUUUUUGGGGUUUUUCUAUGCCUUUUGCCUACAAGAUUUAUUUUAAGAAUAAAGAAAGUAUAUUUCUUAAGUUUAAACUAUUAAAAAGUGUAUUUUUCUAUAAAUUUUAUUAAAUUAUAAUAACAAUAAUCAGUGAAACAAUAAGUGUGGGAAUUUAUAUGGCUGGAAAAAAUGGUCUUAUAAUGGCUGAUACUUUUUCUUCAUGUUUGCUGCUGCUCUAGUGGAUAUUUACCCCAUAUUAUUACAAUUUUAAAGCAGCCCGAUUAGCUAACACAAUCAACAAUACAAACAUGAAAACUAUACGAGUAUAAAACUAAAGGUUCUUGGUUUGGAAUUUGGCCCACCCAGAAAGAAACCACAAACAACAAUUUACCAAAUAAAACAAACAAAAAAGAAAAAAAGAGGUUUUCCAAACAAAACCAACCUACAAACAACACAAUAAACAUAUUUAAAAAACCAAAAUAAAUCUACAUCAUUAUAAGCAAUGAAUGUUACAAAUCGACGAAAAUCAACGGAUGCAGAUACACCAACAACACAACCAACCCAACAACAACAGCAGCAGCAUCAGCAGCUAUUAGCCUAUGUCAGUUGUCGUCAGGCGGCUACAGCCUCAGCAACAACGACCACAACUCGAACAAGACAAGAACAGCUUCAGCCUUUUCAGCAAAGAGUUCACGUGGUAGAGGAGGAUAACGACGAUCAAGAACAGGUGGUUACUUCAACAUCUAGUGAUUGUCUGUUACCUUUGGCGGCCGAGGGUGAAGGCGAAGAAGUAAACUUAGAAUUAGAGGCUUUAGUUACAUCACCGGCUCGCAUUACCAGCAGCACAAAUAAUUAUGAAAUAUUAACAUAUAAUUCCGAUUCAUUGUCGCUCGAAGAGAUGGUCAUGCCUUCAACAUCAGACAACUCCAGAUUGGACAGGGAAGGCAGUACAACAACAGCAGCAGCAGCAACAUCAGCAUCUUUAAACCCCACAACACAUCAUCUUAGUAUUAAUACGCGGAUUAUAAAGUCAAACAACGAUAUGGUAGCUAGAGAUACUACCCCAACCACAGUGGCUGAGGCUGGAGAUGGUGGAGGCGGGAGCAUAGGUGCAGACCGUGGUGGUGCUUCCACCAGCAGUAAUUCCUCCGAUAUGGUUAACGAAAAUCAUAAAAUUAUAUUAAAACUGCCCAAACCAUCGUCGGCGGCCACUACAGAAUCUCAACUUCCUAAUUCCCUUGUAGAGGAUGAUUUGCGAAAAGUGGAACCUUUGAAAAUCAAUCUACACAAUACCCAUCACACCUCUCACCACACGCCCAAGAUCACUAUUAAGCCUAUAGUCAAGGAACCACCCGCCGAAGUACUAAUGUCAUCGGAAGAAUGUUCUUCAUCGGCUGAAGAUGAAAUGGUCAGCAAAUUGAACGCCUCAGAACCGCACAUUGUGCCGAAAUUGACAAUACGUGCUAACAAUGACGAACAUUCAACCAUUGUACCAAAAUUAACCAUUAAAAUAAAUGAUUCCACAAAUGCCAGCUCCGAUGGCCAUAAUACCCAGCCGGCUGCUAAUACCCCACCCUUACCAAAGUUAACCAUCAAAACUGGACAAGAUGGCCACAGUGAAUCAAUUAUAACAAAUAUAUCACCCGCUUCCUCAACCACCUCCUCUUCAUCAUCUUCUUUGGCUUCAUUCUCAUCUUCAUCGACUUCUACAAAUUCGAAUAUGGCCACAAAUUCCAGCUCGUCACAUGUUAUACCCAAGUUGACCAUAAAACCUUUACAAAAAUCUCACGAAACAGCGGAAAUCAAUCAUCCUACUAUACCCAAAUUAUGCAUAAAAGGCAAUAUGAUUUGUGGCGAAGUUAAUGCAUCCGAAGAUGCUACCACCUCGAAAAUACCCAAACUUACCAUUAAAACGGGUCAGGAACAUGCAGUCAUUAUAACACAACAUAAUGAUCAUACCAAUGCCUUGGGCGGCAUACCGAAAUUAACUAUUAAAACCAAAUCCUUGGAUUUAGUAGAGGAUUCCAAUGCUAGUAAUGCGGACAGUUUACCGAAUGAAAAAAUACCCAAAAUUACCAUUAAAACUAAUAGCAUGGACUCGCCCAAUAUUGUGUUACCCAAACGAAGCAUAAUAAAGUCGCAAUUGGAAAGCAGUCCUUUAUCACCCAAACAAGCAGUGCCUAAAUUGACCAUAACGCGUCAACAAAAUGAUAUGGUUGUUACUAACAAACAUACAAUAAACACUGAGGAAGAAUGUGCCGGCUCUAUACCGAAAAUGACAAUCAAAACUCAAAGUAAAAUUGAAACUGUGCCUAAAUUAACCAUAAAAAAUAUUAGCAGUCAACAAAGGCCGCCCUCGACAAAAGAAAGCGGAACGGAAAGUGAUGCAGAAGAUGAUGAAGGAGAAAUGAUAGGAGUGAAUAGUAGUGUUAAAGCCCAAACUUGUAAGACAGUGCCGAAAUUAACCAUCAAGAAUUUAGGUUCGCCCCAGCAAAAGUUGACUAUAGUGCAGGAAACAACAGCGGAGGUGAAUAAAACUAAUACUAGCAACAGUGCAGCUGCACAUGCCGCUCCUGUGGUGGACAUAAUUAAUGCCAAUAUAUUAGUUUCUUCUCCGGCGGACACAGAUGAGUUUGCUGAUUUGUUAACUGUAGACAAUGCGGGAGAAUCUAGUAACUCCCAAGAGUUUUGUGGUUUCAAUGACAAUACCGCUGAUUCCGCUUCAAAAGUGGUAGUUAUAACAGCUGCUAACAAUAUGGUGGUUCAGGAUAGCGAAUCUGAAAUACGUCGCAAUUCUGAUGAUAUGGACAUUGAUGAAGACUUGCAGACCGUUCAUGAACCUCAAAUCUUUCAAAAUGAUAUACACUUUAAGGGUCAAACACCAGACAUGCCCGAGUUGUUAAAUGGCAAAAUACACCAUCCAAAGGUAACACAAAUUAUUGAUACAGUGGACUUGACCUCCUCUCCGUCGCGCAGUUGUUCUCCCUCCCAGUUUGAUUACAACGAUGACAGUAAUUCUGCAAUAGCACAAGUCAAUAACUUAGCUAUGCCCGGCACAAACAUACUGUUGGAGAGAUUGCAAAGAGAGACUACUGUCAUACAAAAUACCCAGCAGUUAAAGCAGCAAUUACAGCAAACAGAAAAUAGCACCACAAUUCCACCACCCUUGCAGCCAAAACCUAAUGCCAUACAAACUUCACCGCCAGCCUCCUUGAAAUAUCCCCAAUUGGCUGAACGUUUAAUGGCAAAUGGUACUAGUCCAAAUAGCGGCAGCAACAGUAACAACAACAACACACACAGUCUGCCUUCACAAACCCUCAGCUCCAAAGAGGAGAAUAUCAUAGAUUCUAUAGAGAUCCUGGAUACGCCUGAGGGUAGUCCACGAAAUUCUCUAGAUGAGUGUCCGGAAAAUUUGCAACUCAUCAAUGAAAAAGUUCCAAGUAACCUGCCUAAUGGUCUACACUAUCCCAAGGAUAGCGAUAAUAUAUUAUCCUUUAAUAAUAACAAUUCCAACUUAAAGCGUCAUGCUUUAGCAACAAAUUUGGCCGGCCAAACAAAUCAAACAAAUCAUGUAGAGGAGAAUAACAUUGGCGAACUAGCAAUACCGCCCUCCAAACAGAGAAGGCUAAAUAAUGAUGCUAUCAAUACCAAAAACUCCCAAUUGAUUGUAAAUAAUAAUAAUGAUUUAAUAAAUCAAAAAGUAUUAACAAAUUCACUGGAGGAAUUGAACAAAACAACGUCUCCAGGUGCUGUUUUGACUCAGCCAAACGAUUUUAAUUGUUUGAAACAAACCACAAUGACGCUAACAAGUCAUCAGAGAGCACGUAAACAAAAACAUGAACAUCUUUUACCCAUAGCCAUGGAAGAAGUGAUAGAAUCAAGUCAAACCAAUUCCAAUGACAGUUUCGAAUUGCCAGCAGAAAACAACAGCAAUGAACAAGCUAAUGAGAAUUCUACACCCGUCCAAAAGAGACGAGGAAGGCCAAAGAAAUCUAUCGUCAACAUUACCACACUCAAUAACGAGGUUAACUCCUUAACCCCACAAUUGACCAACCCCGCCCAAAAAGAAGAAACACCGCUAACCGAUUCAACUUCCAAGUCAAGGCGGGUUCAAUUGCUGCGUAAACGUUUGGCCAUUGAUAUGGUGGAUGCUGACGAGCCUUUACGCGUGUUAGAUGAAUUAGAAUCAUCUGGCAAUAUUGUGGGUGCAGCAAGCGAGGAUGAUAAAAAUGAAAACCUUGAAUUGGAAACACAGAAAAGGUUAAGGACUCCUCUACGCACUUCUAGACGUAGCAAUACACCCACAGUGGUACAAAUGGAAAGUAAGACAAAGCAGCGACCCCCCUCCUCACUAGCCAUGGACAAUAAUAACAAAAAGUCAUCGUCUCUACUUAAACAAAACAAUGAAAAUGCUCUCAAUAGUUUUCUAGAAUCGAAUUCCUCCAUUCCUUCUUCAGCCUGUUCAAAUAGUUCUGCUACCCUAGCAUCAACGGUACAAGAUAUAACUACGGCUCACAGCCUCUCUAUGGCCACACAAAUUGACUUGACCAUGUCCUCGUCAUCGAGCAAUAGUAAUGGCAGUACUACCAACACCAUAACCACCGUUGAGGCCAACAUCUCGAGCAAUGCCACGCCGGGUCUUGUGCUGGGCAGUGCAGGUAACACGGUUUGUAUUGGUGUGGUUGGUGGUGGCGGCGGCAGCAGUAACAAUUCUAUGUUACCACCCACUACCAUACUGUCGUCUUCAGAUCCCUUACCCGAUGUUAUAUUCAAACCUAAUGAUUUCUCAUCUAUAUUGGCGACACAACAAUUGCGCGCCCCCAUGUUCAGUGCAGUGGACAGUGUUCAGAAUGAGUCUCAAGAUGAAGAUAUGGCCGAUGACGUUAGUGGUCCAGAUAAUUCGGGAGAUGACUCAGCAAGUUCUUCUUCAAUGUCUACAACACCCGGACGAGGUCGUGGUCGGGGUAGAGCUUCGCGAGGUGGUCGAGGCCGGGGUUACAAAGCACAUCGCUUGGGACGUAAUGCUAGUGCUGUAUCAAAAACAAUUGCUAUGAAUCGACCACGCUGUGUGGGUGCUCUUAAGCAUACACCAGAUCCGGACCGGAUUAAAGGUCUAUAUAGCCCCUCGCCUUCGGUAUUUGAAGAAGACACCCGUAUGAGCGCUGAUUUAACGCAAAACAUUACACAACCUGAGCCUCCUCAAACUCCAACAAGGCAACCCGAUUUCCUAAAUAAUGAAGAAUCCCAGUCAUCGAUUAUAAGCAACACAAGUAUUUUGGAUCCCAAUAAUGUGGCAGCAUUACAGAAUGGUUCAGCGGUUAAAAAACCAAUGAAACGCAAGAAAAUGGAAGUUUGUGUAGCCGAAGAUGCCGAAUUGACAGUUUCAUCUAUAGCCGAGUACGAUUGGCCUCCACCCAAAGGUUGUUGUCCCUCGAAAAAUCGCGAUACUUUUAUGAUACAAGAGCAAGUGGCUUUGUACUUGGGUAUUAAAAGUUUUAAACGUAAAUAUCCCGAUCUGCCACGGCGACAAAUCGACAUGGAAGAGCGUAAUUAUUUGCAAGAAAAAUCCUUGGUAUCUGAGAAAAUGUGUGAUUUGGGCAUCACGGCUGUUUGGGCCUCCGAUAUAUUGGACAUAAUGUAUACAGAUUUUUAUGAUAAGUACGAAGAGUAUAAGGAUUUUGUUAGGCAAAAACAUUUACGCGAAAUAGAGGCUAAACAAAAGUCACUGGGUUUAAAUGUGGCAGGACGUGGUUUACAGGCCAGAGAAAGGGCCAUGUUAUCCACCAGUAAAUGGAAUGCCUAUUUCAAUAGAACCCGCAAAGAGGAACGUUUGUCUUUUUUGGAUUUGCAAACCUUAACUGUUAAUAAGCCUAGUCCGGCUACAGCCCCCAUUGCUGCUAUACCCAACCGUCCGGUAGCCGAAGCUGUGGCGCGAGCCGCCAAAGCAGAAAAAAUUCCACAACCUCCCACGUUAAUGAAAGAACGUGUAUGGGAACCCUUAAGGCCAAGAGAAGCUUACUAUCCCUUGUCUUUAGUGCCUGGACAAUUUUGUGAAACUUAUUAUGACUAUACGGCACAGGAAUUAAGACAAUUCCCCCUCAAUACUGUGCUGCAACCAGCCAGUCGUAUGCUGCCACAAAAAGAAGAAACCACAGAUACUGAUUCAGCGGCUGAAACUAUUGAUUUUGCAGAUGGCGAUAAAGCUUCAAGUAUCAGUGCGUCCGAACGUCUCAACAAACAAAGGCGUAUACGUAGAAUACGUGCAAAACAUACACGUAAAUUAAAUAAUGUUGAAUUUAAAGUACCACCUCUACCGGGAGCGGUUUCAAAUAGUUCCACUGAAUCCAGUUCAUCAUCAUCGGGUGAUUCUUCAUCGGAUACGGAUUCUGAUACAUCAACAUGCUGUUCUUCAUCGUCUGAUGAUUCCAGCGAUGACGAAAUUUCACCUGCCACCUGUGGUGUUUGUCAACAUCCACAAAAUCGUAAUCUCAAAGAUAUACCCGAAUUAUUUGUUCAAUGUUAUACCUGCAGACGUAAAGUACAUCCCAGUUGCAUUGAAAUGCCCCACCGUAUGGCUAACAGAGUACGCAGCUAUAAUUGGCAGUGUGCCGAUUGCAAAUGUUGCAUUAAAUGUAAACGAAAACAAGAUCAAAAUAAAAUGCUGUUCUGUGAGCAAUGCGAUCGAGGUUUUCACAUUUAUUGUCUCUCUAUUAAGGCAGUGCCUGAUGGUCGUUGGAGUUGUGAACGUUGUAGUAUUUGUAUGCGUUGUGGUGCCACCAAACCCGAGGGUUUACCCAUUAUCCAGCCAAACGGUGAGAAACCCAAAGUGAAGCAUAGAAAACUAAAAUGGAUCAACGAAUAUCGUAUUGAUCAUGUAACCAAACUACGUGAACAUUGUUCCAUGUUGUGUGUGCCCUGUGGGCGAGCAAAACAUGUUAAACGUGUACACAUAAAUACGCAUAACAAUACAACCAAUACGUAUAUAACAUCACCGGGAUCGACUAGCAGUGCUUUAAGUCCUAGCAGUCAGAAUACACAAUCACCUACAUCAUCAUCAGCAGCAGCAACAACUAUACUACCACAAAUAUCACCAAACACUAACAACGGCAAUAACGUAAGCUUAAAUACGGCAAUUUCAAAUGCUGCUGCUACAACACAAUUUUCGAAUACUAAUACAACAUCAACAAUAUUAUCAGCAAACAAUAGCAACAACACCACCACUACCGCCUCCUCCAACACUACCACAGCAGCAACUGCUAAAUCGUUAGAAAGUAAAGAUUCCAUAAGUUUAACAAAUUCCCCAACUUUAAUUGCAACAACACCUCAGAACACUCCGACCACAGUCACCGCCCAAACUAGCACCACUACCACCAACUCACUACCUUCAUUGUUAAAUGCAAAUGCUACAGCAACUACAGGGACUGCUGCAACAACGACUACAACAACAGCAAGUGGCGGUGCUCCACCAGUGGUUGCCUGAGUAGGGGUUAUACGUUAUUGUCCCAAACAACAGCCACCGCCUCCAUCUGCAGAUCUAACGAAUUUAUAGCAGUUGUAAAAUAGCAAUAAAAUUCCACAUUAGCAACAAACAAAAAUUCGAAAGAAGAAAGAAAAGAGCAUUAAACUUAAAAUUAUAAUGGAAUGGUAAGAGUUUUAAAGAUUGAUUUUCUUUAGUAGUAGUUUUAAUUUCCCAAAAAGAACUUGUUAUAUUUUAUACAUUUAAACCAAACAAAAAAAAACUAAUUUGUCCGUUUCCACUAAUGUUUAAGUAUAUUUUUUGCAUUUAUAAUUUAUGUAAGAACGAAAGUUAAUAUCAAAUAGUUUUUUUUUUCGCGAAGUCCGCUGUUGUAGAAAGUAUUUCUUAUAUAUUUUUUUAAUCUAAUCAUUGUAAUUAAAAUAUAUUUUUUUUAAAUAGUAGUAGCAAAUAUUAAGUUUCAAAUAAAAAAAACGUAGCUUACUACCCACAAAA